UAUUCCAUAUCAACAUCCCGCAUAGAUGCAGAAUAAAGAAGGUCGAAAAAACGCUCUCUUUCCUUUACACCUUAUAGAUUGGAAGAGGGGGCCUUAGGCCAAAGGAAAAAGAUGGGGAAAGGUGGCAAAAAGCAGGAUACACAGCCAUUGUUUGUUGAGCCAGCACCAUCGCAAUUAUCAUUGUUCCAGAUAAUUGUUUUCGUGGUUGCAACGGCUGCAUUAGCAAUAACUGUGUCAGUGAUCUAUGGUUUCAUACCCCUGCAAGGUGGUGUAGGUGUUCCAGGACCACCUGGGCCUCCAGGACCUCAAGGGCCCCAAGGAGAAACUGGUCCACCAGGACCUGCAGGACCCGAAGGAGCAGAUGGACCAAGGGGUUUUCCUGGCCCGCAAGGUGAAGCAGGAGAAAAAGGAGAAAGGGGCGAUAAAGGGAACGAUGGAGCCGAUGGAUCCCAGGGUCCUAUAGGCCCCCCAGGACCCGUGGGUGAACAAGGACCAAUGGGAGAGCAAGGAACACAAGGUGAGAAAGGAGAGAAGGGUGACUCUGGCACACCCGUAAUUUCACCAGAGGAAGUCAGUUCAGAAUCCACAGCAGGAGAAUCAAAAGAGCAAGCUUCCGAAGAGCUAGGUUUAGUAUCUGAAGAACCAGCUGCAGCAUCUGAAGAACCAGCCGCAGCAUCUGAAGAACCAGCAUCUGAAGAGCCUGCUGCUACUCCAGAAGAACCAGCUUCAGCUUCUGAAGAGCCUGAUGCUACUCCAGAAGAACCAGCCACAGCUUCUGAAGAACCUGCUGCUACUCCAGAAGAACCAGCCGCAUCAUCUGAAGAGCCUGCUGCUACUCCCGAAGCAUCUGAAGAACCCGCUGCGACUUCUGAAGAGCCUGCUGCUUUUUCUGAAGAACCAGUUGCAGUAUCUGAAGAGCCCUCUGCUACUCCUGAAGUAUCUGAAGAACCAGCCGCAGCAUCUGAAGAACCAGCCGCAGCAUCUGAAGAACCAGCCGCAGAAUCUGAAGAGCCUGCUGCCACUAAUGAAGAACCAGUCGCAGCAUUUGAAGAGCCUUCUGCUACUCCUGACGAACCAGCUGCAGCUUCUGAUGAGCCUGCUGCUACUAAUGAAGAACCAGUCGCAGGAUCUGAAGAGCCCUCUGCUACUCCUGAAGUAUCUGAAGAACCAGCCGCAGCAUCUGAAGAACCAGCCGCAGAAUCUGAAGAGCCUGCUGCCACUAACGAAGAACCAGUCGCAGCAUUUGAAGAGCCUUCUGCUACUCCUGACGAACCAGCUGCAGCUUCUGAAGAGCCUGCUGGUACUCCAGAAGAACCAGCUGCAGAUUCUGAAGAGCCUGCUGCUGCACCAGAAGAACCAGCUGCAUCAUCGGAAGAACCAGCUGCAGUAUCUGAAGAGCCCUCUGCUACUCCAGAAGAACCAGCUGCAGAUUCUGAGGAACCAGCUGCAUCAUCUGAAGAACCAGCUGCAGUAUCUGAAGAGCCCUCUGCUACUCCUGAAGCGUCUGAAGAACCAGCCGCAGCCUCUGAGGAAUCAGAUGCAGUUUCAGAAGAGUCAGCUGCCAUAUCUGAAGAGCCAACGCCAGUAUCUGAAGAGCCAGCUCAAGUAGCUGAUGAGCCAGUUGUCACUUCUGAAGAGCCAGUGGCUAUUGUUGAAGAGCCAGCUGCUACUGCUGAAGAUUCAGUCUCUGUACCAGAAGAGCCUGUUAUCAAAAACGAAGAGCCAGCUGCAGUAUCAGAAGAACCAGCUGCUUUGUCGGAAGAACCAGCUCCAGUAUCUGAAGAGCCUGCUGCCGCAAAUGAAGAGCCUGCUGCUGCAAAUGAAGAGCCUGCUCCUGCAGCUGAAGAGCCUGCUCCCGCAAGUGAAGAGCCUGCUGCCGAAAAUGAAGAGCCUGCUGCUGCAAAUGAAGAGCCUGCUGCUGCAGCUGAAGAGCCUGCUCCCGCAAGUGAAGAGCCCGCUGCCGAAAAUGAAGAGCCUGCUGCUGCAAAUGAAGAGCCUGCUGCUGCAAAUGAAGAGCCUGCUGCUGCAGCUGAAGAGCCUGCUCCCGCAAGUGAAGAGCCUGCUGCCGAAAAUGAAGAGCCUGCUCCCGCAAGUGAAGAGCCUGCUGCCGAAAAUGAAGAGCCUGCUCCCGCAAGUGAAGAGCCUGCUGCCGAAAAUGAAGAGCCUGCUCCCGCAAGUGAAGAGCCUGCUGCCGAAAAUGAAGAGCCUGCUCCCGCAAGUGAAGAGCCUGCUGCCGAAAAUGAAGAGCCUGCUCCCGCAAGUGAAGAGCCUGCUGCCGAAAAUGAAGAGCCUGCUCCCGCAAGUGAAGAGCCUGCUGCCGCAACUGAGGAGCCUGCUGCCGCAGCCGAAGAGCCAGUCGCAGCAACAGAAGACCCAGCUGCCUUAUCCGAUGAACCUUCCACGGCUUCAGAUGACCCUGAGUCCAAAGGACCUGAUGCUGCUGUAGAGGAGGCUGGGUAAAAAUCAAGAGCCGAAUUAGUUAAUCAGUUCUCAUAUAGAAACGGUUUAUUAUGGAGGGAAGACGUUCAUCAAAAUCCAUUUUUGUAUUUUGAGACUUCAGAAGUCUAUUUGAACAUUUGGAUUUUAAUUUUGUUUGUAUCAAUUCACUUCAAAAGUCAGCAUUCCACUUUGAUUUUAUACUUGUACAUUUGUGUUUCGACUUAAUGAAACAGGAAAUACUCAUCCCUCAUUCCUGGAAGACGUUGUUGUGAAGAGUAUAAAAAAUAUUCGGGGUAGGGCUGAGUAUGCACUGUCAUGUCGUGAAUUAGGGGCAUGAAAGGUACGCGAAUCAAGGCCUUCUACCCCUUUCCACCCCUCCCGUCCCCUUCCUUUCCCUUCUACGUCUUCCACUCCAAACCGACAGGUACACACGUACACAUUCUGUUUUGUGGUUUUAUUGUUGAUGUAAAGAUAAAUUCGGUGGUUUAUUCUUGGAGAAAGACGUUUGUAGACAGGAUUUCUGUAUUCUUAGUGUUUGUUACUUGCUUUUUGGUAGGCGUAAAAUUAAUUCCUUCGAAAGAAAAUUAGUUAUUAUAGCCGUUUUAAAGUAUAUUUAAUAACCAAAGGAAAACCAGAAUUCAGACUAGGAUUUUUAAGAUUCAUAGCAUUUUUGAAAUUAUCCAUUUGCAACCUAAAUUUAUUUUACUUCUGGAAUGAUACAGCUGGAUCACCUUUAGGCCAGGGGCAAAGACAGUCUCUAUAUCGAAAAUCUUAUGACAGUGAAAUUUGCCCAAAUGGCAUUGUAUGCAAAGCGCGUCCGGACAGCUAGACCUCACUUGAUAGUAGUUUUGUACCAAGAAAUGUAUUGGUUGCAUUUAUUAUUGUUCGAAUUUUGUCUUUUAAACUUAAUGAAACGUUUUAGAUCAUUGCAAUUCUCAGAUUAUUUUACCAAGUUCCCGUGUUGAUGAAUGUUUUGUAAUGCGAAUAAUUAUGAUUUCUGAAUCAAAAUCAACCUAAUGUAAAACCAGAUUACAAAUUAUUUUUGACAGCA